ACUUCCGUUCGCUUCAGAGCGUUGCGGCCUGUCGUUGAAGGACACCGUCCUCAUUCAGUCUCCGUCGGGGUCGUUGAUUCAAGCUCAACUGUUCAUCAUGGGAGGUCAUGACGCCGGAUCACAGCACCAGUUCACUGGGAUAUCCAAGUACUUCAAUGCCUACACACUUACUGGGAGAAGGAAUUGUGUUUUGGCAACAUAUGCCUCAAUAGCUGCCAUUAUUCUUUUCUUCAAAUUGAAGCCCAAGAAACAGCCUGCAGUCACAGAGAAGUGAUUCUCUUCCGGACGGUGGGAGUGGAGAAAGCGAAUGGACGUGCUUAAUAUGACCUGUCUGAUUUCACCAUGUUAUCAAUAAAGAACACUUAUUCCCAA